AAAUCAAGAAGCAGAACUCGCGACGUUACGCAGCCGCCAUUUUGUUUCACCGGGAGUAAAGAAACUAACCUGCAGAGCACCGGCGUCAAUAUUUUCCUUUUUUUAAAGCACCUUCAACACGGCGGAUCAGCAUCGUGCACCCAAGUUUAGAUUCGCAUGAUGUCUGGAGACAUGGCCACAGAUCACGUAAACGGGAACGGGACUGAGGAGCCGAUGGACACCACAGCAGCGGUGACCCAGUCGGAACACUUCCCGGCUCUGCUGGAAGCUGGUUUACCCCAGAAAGUUGCUGAGAAGCUAGAUGAACUUUACGUAGCAGGCCUAGUAGCGCAUAGUGACCUAGACGAAAGGGCUAUUGAAGCUUUGAAAGAAUUCAACGAGGAGGGAGCCCUGCAGGUGCUGGUCCAGUUCAAAGAGAGUGAUCUGUCACAUGUGCAAAACAAAAGUGCCUUUCUCUGUGGGGUGAUGAAGACUUACAGGCAGAGAGAGAAACAAGGGACUAAAGUUUCAGACUCCACUAAAGGACCGGAUGAGGCUAAAAUCAAAGAACUCCUGGACAGAACCAACUACACACUUGACGUAACAACAGGGCAGCGGAAGUAUGGCGGCCCCCCCCCUGAGUCGGUGUACUCGGGUGCCCAGCCCAAUGUUGGAACAGAGAUAUUUGUGGGGAAGAUUCCCCGUGACUUGUUUGAAGACGAGCUGGUUCCUCUCUUUGAGAAGGCCGGGCCCAUCUGGGACCUCAGGCUAAUGAUGGACCCGCUGAGCGGCCUGAACAGGGGCUACGCCUUUGUCACGUUCUGCACCAAGGAAGCGGCCCAGGAGGCGGUGAAGCUGUGUAAUAAUCAUGAGAUUCGCCCCGGCAAGCACAUCGGGGUGUGUAUAUCUGUCGCCAACAACAGGCUAUUUGUUGGCUCCAUUCCCAAGAGUAAAACAAAGGAGCAGAUUGUAGAAGAGUUUGCUAAAGUCACAGAGGGCCUCAGCGACGUCAUACUGUACCACCAGCCCGACGACAAAAAGAAGAACCGAGGCUUCUGCUUCCUGGAGUACGAAGACCACAAAGCGGCCGCUCAGGCUCGCCGCCGGCUAAUGAGCGGCAAGGUGAAGGUGUGGGGCAACGUGGUGACAGUGGAGUGGGCCGACCCCAUCGAAGACCCUGACCCAGAGGUCAUGGCGAAGGUGAAGGUUUUAUUUGUGAGAAACCUCGCCAACGGUGUCACAGAGGAGAUCCUGGAGACGUCCUUUAGUGAGUUUGGGAAACUGGAGCGAGUGAAGAAGCUCAAAGACUACGCUUUCAUCCACUUCGAAGAGAGGGACGGUGCUGUGAAGGCUUUGGAAGAAAUGAACGGGAGGGAGCUGGAGGGAGAGCCCAUAGAGAUUGUUUUCGCUAAGCCGCCUGAUCAGAAAAGGAAGGAGCGCAAAGCUCAGAGACAAGCAGCCAAAACACAAAUGUAUGAUGACUAUUACUACUACCCUCCCCCUCCCCACAUGCCUCCUCCCGUCAGAGGCCGGGGCAGAGGCGGCAACCGGGGCGGCUAUUCUUACCCCCCUGACUACUACGGCUAUGAUGACUACUACGACUACUACGGCUAUGACUAUCACAACUACCGCGGCGGCUACGACGACCCCUACUACGGGUACGACGACUUCCAGGCUCCGAGCCGAGGGCGGGGCGGCAACAGGGGCCCCCGGGGCGGAUCCUCCCCGGCCAGGGGUCGAGGCGGCGCCGGGGCACCCAGGGGCAGGGCCAACUUCUCCCAGCGAGGCGGGCCCGGACCGGGCCGCGGCGGACGGGGCGCAAGAGGAGGCGUGCAGCCGAGAGGGCGAGGAGGGGUACGUGGUGCUCGGGGUGGCCGCGGUGGAAAUGUAGGAGGAAAGCGCAAAGCUGAUGGGUACAACCAGCCAGAUUCGAAGCGUCGCCAGACCAAUAAUCAGAACUGGGGCUCUCAACCCAUUGCUCAGCAACCGCUCCAAGGUGGUGAUCAUUCUGCAGGGAAAAGGGGUCGAGGCUGGUCCUGAUGCGUCGCUAUGAAGACUGACCCCCCCCUCCCCUUCCCUCCCCCCAGCGUAUGGCGGUACACGCUGCAGGCUGCCAGUGGAUGGAAAUGGUAAGGUCAACUUGACUCAGUGGUCUAAUGGCAAUCCAACCUUUCUGGGUGUUUUUUGUUUUUUUUGUUUUUUAAAGAAGCUGCCACGCUCUGAGAUAAUCAGAAGAGCAAAAAGCGAGUAGACUUUAAGUUUUAUAAGCCCCCCCAAACCCCAAAUAUGCCAUUUGAGACGAACUGAGCAGGAGUUCACGAUGAUGGACGUCCUCCUGGAGGAAAAAGUCUUUGCACUUUGUCGUGUUUUUUUUUAUUUUUUUUUGGAGUGUUUUAGUGGAACUUGAUGCUUAUUUUAUAUUUUGUAUUUCUUUGAGUUUAAACUACAACUUUCAUGACGGACAAGACACGAUAAUCUCUGACUGUCAGGGAAAGCGUUGGAGGUGUUGAGGGUCGGGCGUUCCAGGAAUAUGGUGCUUUAAGAACCUAAGCCGCCAUGGGGUCCGUUAACUACCUCAGGUUUCGAGGACUCGCCUGUUCUGCCCCCAACCCUCCCCCCUGUUUUGCACUUGAGGAAACUUGAGGCAGGGUUUGAACCCCAAACACAAGCAACGGAGCGCUUAAUGAGUUCUCAGCUGAGGCUUGACGUAGGCUACCGUUUGCAUGUUAGCUGAUCCUCUGAAAAUGAGCCUGAGCAAGCUUUUGCUGUCUUGAGAAAUGAACUGAGUGAUGAUGUAGUUUACAGACAAACUGUUUUUAUUACUGUUGUUUUUCUUUUUAAAUAGCUGGAAACCAGUCUUCAGCCUUUUGUCUUCCAAGAUAGGAAAUCUUGUCUAAUGUUUGUUUUUGUUUGUUUGUUUGAACCCAUCAAUGUUAAGGAUGUUUAGCAAAAGUGAUGUCCGCACAAAACAUCUGUUCGUUCAUAACGUGAACAAACUGACAUCUAAUGAAGCUUUUGUGUGUAUAUUUUGUUUUUGUUUUUUAAGCAGGUUUGAAAGAAUAUGAAUUUAUGACCGUGUCCUGAAACAUUUAGGAAUCUAAAUAAACGUGGUGUGGAUAAAAAAAAAUUGUAUUGCAAAAAAAAAGCAUGAUUUCAACAUUUCACCUUGUACGUCACUGUAGACCAGUUUUAUCAUGCCAUAUGUGAUAUAUUUGUGACACAUUAUAGAGUAAACUGGUGUUAAUUCAUGUCUCUUCACUAUCAAGUGUACACAUCAUACUGGAAAAGUUUUAAAAGAGCAAAUCCAGCGUAAUAUAUUUGAGCUUUGAGGAGAAAUAACAGGAUUUGGUGAUGUACUUUGCAAUUUUUGUGUUACAGGAUGUGUAGUAAUUUAUCUACAGAUGCACGAGACUUCCAACAACUUCAGUAACUUGUGUUUCUCAGCGAGGGUUUUUAUCUAAUAGUCAGUAUAAAAUGUAAAAGGAUCCAGUCUGAUGUUCUUAUUGUCAACAAAAUUUAACGAAAAGACCAAAACCACCACUUUGACUUCCUGUCUGUGACUCUCAGCUCCAACCUUUCAAAACCGCUCGCGGAUAUAAAGUUAGUUUAGUUCCUUAAAAACAGCUAGUGCAUCUGUUGGGGACUACUUUCAGCGGCGGAUUAAUCCACGCGUGGAUCCACAUUCAGUGCUUGUUUUGGGCUUUUUAUGGGAUUUGUUGACGCAAAAAACAGACUAACCAGACGAGUCAUUUUCAGAGAGGUGAGAUAUUUUAGUAGUAGGGGGCGUUUUUCCAAAAUCGUAGUGCGUGGAGUACUUUUUAGAGCAGCAACGUUACAGCGGUCACGCGGCGAAGAGAUCGAUAUCUGCGCCCACAUAAUGCGGUGCAUCCACAAGAUGUUUGAAUUUUAAGCACGGGGCGUGGCCGUAUAGCUGUGUUUAUAUCGCCUAGUUCUUAAGUGGGGGACAGUGAAAAGGCAUUCUGGGUAUUGUAGGAAAUCACAGAAUAAAGCAGUUGUGAGGGUUUUUUUUCAGUGCACUGUACAUCACAGACGUACGUGGUUUUUAACGGUGAGACAUUAUGAGGUUGGGUUUCUCCUUUUUAAUCCAGCCUUAGUGCGUAGCAGUGUUUUUGACCUUUUUUUUCUAUUUUAUUUGCCAUGAAACGCUGUGUCUUGAAUCUUUAGCAUUCUUCGGAGUUCAGAAAGGAGUGUGCAGCUUGUUUCUCAUUUUACCAGGUUUACUUUUGUUUUACAUACUAGUAUUCGACUCUGUUGGAUCACCAGUUUAAGGGUCAAAUCAUUUCUUUUGUUUUUUUUUUUUGCUAACAAGUGUGUUUGCAUUCUUGCAAAUGAACUGUUUUAUACUGUACAGUGAGUUUAAACCUAUUUUUCUAAUAAAGUUAUUGACUUUG